AUGGACUUCGUGUAUAGAGGACCCCAACAUGAUCGCCAACUGAGAGGUCCCCAAGCGAUAGAACAGAAAGCUCACGCUAAAAAACGGUGCCUUACAGAAUUUCCAGACGAGAUUAUUCUUCAGAUGGUGGACUUUCUGGAGAGAGAAGAUGCCAGUUGCCUCAUACGAACGUGUCAUCGCUUUCUCAGCCUUUUUUUUCACGAGUACCAUCGAUACGACAACCGUGGUCGGAAUCUGCUGAUAAUAGCGGCAGCGCUGGGCCACCUGAAUUCGGUCUUAGAAUUGCUUUCUGCGGGCAUUGAUACGGCCCACAAGGAUAAGUUUGGCCGGACUGCACUGCUAUGCGCGGCUGGAGCAGGGCGCGAUGCUGUUGUCCAACUGCUGCUCAAGGUCGGCGUACCAACGGUCGAGCCUGCGGAUGAGCUGACUUACAGAUUGAGUACGUUUCAGAAGCUGGAUAGGCAAGCAGCGGGCCUGGCUGGUCAUACGCCGUUAUCGGAGGCAUCCAGAAAUGGGCACGAAUUGGUAGUGAAGGUGCUGCUUGCAGAUCCGGAUGUGAAUCCCAACCAUCAGGAUGGCUUCGGUCGAACAGCGUUGGCAUUGGCAUCAUCUCAAGGACGUGUAGCGGCCGUGCAAGCAUUGCUAUCACACGAGGCUAUCGAUGCCGACCGCAAGGACGUCUAUGGCAAUACGCCGUUGGCGUCAGCCGCGACGAACGGCCACGUCGAUGUUGUUAUGCUACUACUUGCACAUACAGGGGUAGAAAGGGACUCAACUGGUUGGGAGGGGAAGACGCCGCUGUUGAUGGCGGCGCAGAUGCGGAGGAAAGAGGUCGUGCGACACUUACUCGCUGCUGGGGCUGAUCCAACGCUGAAAGAUGCUCGUGGCUUAAGCCCAAUCGACUUGGCCGAAAAGGGAGAUGAAAGUUUGAAGUGGCCUGGACCUGAUGAGCGGCUGAGUCAACGGGCUGUGAUACGGCUGUUGAGAAGCGCGAUCGCGGCUCGAGAACCGAAAGCGUUUGGUUUCAGGUGCCACUUCAUCUAUGGGUUCCAUUGCUUUGUUGCAGUGCUUUCGUCCUCGCGGAGCCUGGGGGGUUUUCUUUUUUGGUCCAAACAGAGAAGUAGCCUAGGCAAGGUCAGCGGCGCCAGUUUGACUGACGCAGACGGCUAG